UGUGAUUCCCAUUAAGCCCUAUGGGACAAGAGCUAUUGCCCUCACCACUUCACAGAAAGGGAAACCAAGGCUCAGAGAACAAUGGAGGAGCAGGACUGGAACCCAGGACUCCCAGGUCUAGCCUGGGCCAGCCCCUGGCUGGGGUCUAGCCCCUCCCAAUAAACUCCAGUAGAAGCCACGAACUGGGUGGAGUGGACCGUGGGUGUCCCUGCCACCCCAAGGUGCCAAUUAAAUGCUCAUGGCCAUCCGGAGCCAGAGCUGUGGACAGCAGCAUGGCCGAACAGGGGCUGGAGCCGGUGCCGGAGCCAGAGCCGGGAUGUGCGUGGCGGCUGCUCGCCUUGUGCGGGGCUGCCGUGUUCCUGGCCACAGCUGCAGCUGGUGGGGCCCUGCUGGCCUGGAAUCUGGCCUCCUCGACCUCCUGGAGGUCUCGCUGCCCAGAGCCAGCAGAGACCAAUGCCACGGCGCAGCCCGGGGACCCAGCGCCUGAGGUCAAGGAGCUGCAGCAACGGCUGGCGGAGGCUGCCCGACGCGAAGAAGCCCUGGCCAGGCAGCUGGGCCAGGCUGAGGGUAUCCGUGGGGAGCUGGAGGAGGCUCUAAGGGCCUGUGAGGGCCGCCAGAGCCGGCUUCAGACCCAGCUAAUGGCACUGAGGGCCGAGAUGGACGAGGUCAAGGCACAGGGGACCCAGAUGGGGGCUGAGAACGGGGCGCUGACAGAAGACCUAGUGUACUGGCAGGCGGUGGCCACGGAGUCUGCGCGGCGGCUGGACGAGGAGCAGCAGCGCGCACGCGCGGCCAAGGCCAAGGGCAAAGCCUGCGCUGACCGGGAGGCGGCGCUGCUCGGGCGCAUUAAAGCUCUGGAAGGCGAGCUGGACACCCAGCGCAGAGUGCCGCACCUCCGGCCCCGCUCCGGGUCCCGACCGCGGCCCAGUCCCCCUUCGCGCUCUCGCCUCGGGCCUUCGCGGGGCUGCCGGCGGCCGGCGCGGCGCUCAUGAGAGUGAGUCAGCCCAGAAGGACGGGCGCGCGAAGCCAGGAGGACAGACACUGGGGACCCUUUUGGGACACGUAUAGAGAUACUCAUGCUGCAUGAAACGCCCAGUCGACAGCCGUCAGCGCUCAGCUCUCGACCCAGGAGUCGCUCUAAAUAGAAACUGUUCAGAAAGGAAACUUGACCCUCUCUCCCUGACUAGUGCUUAUUCUGCAGAUGGGAAUGCUGAGGCUCACUCGUCGCCCUCAUCCCACAGACAUGAGGACUUUAAGGGUCAGCAUUGGCUCAGGAGCGACUUGAAAGGGUUUCUCCUCCCUGGGCCUCAGUUUAUCUUGUCUGUCAACAUUAAAUCAUGUUUAAAGAGCUGGCCUAGCCUUGACACCAAAACCUGACAAAGAUGGCACAAUUGUAAAAGUACAAACCCGUUUUCCCAUGAAGACAGUAAGAAACUCCCAAGUGGAAUUUUAACAAAGAAAACCAAACAUUUUUAAAAUACACCACAAGAAAGGGGACUUAUGCCAGAGAUGUAGGAAUGGUUGAAUAUUUGGAAGUGUGUUAAUAAAAUUGACGACCAUACUAAUGGAUCAAAUUAGAAAAAUUCUAAAAAGGCCAUCAAAAUCAGGGCCAAUGUGAGGAUGACCACUGUCCAGUUUUUCAAAUUGUUCUGGAGGUACUAGCCAAUGCAGUUAGACACCACAAAGAAGUAACAGUUAAAGUAAAUAUUGGAAGAGAAAGAAUGUGUACAAUGAAUCAUACGAAAACACUUUACAUAAAAAAUAAUAGAAAUCUCGACAAUAUCAUAUAGCUUGAUUUCACAUUAUUUUUGUCUCUCACCUUUUUAUUUGAUAUAAUUUAAGACUUAACAGAAAAGUUAGAAGAUUAGUACAAAAUAAUCCUGAAUACUCAUCACCCAGAUUUCACAGAUGUUAAUUUUUACCACCUUUGGUUUGUCUUUCUCUUUCCCCCUCAACCUUUGUGCUUGCAGAAAUGAUGUCUACCAAUAAAUUCUCAAGUAUGCAUUUCCUUAAAACAAGGACAUUCUCUCACAUAAUCACGGUACAAUUAUGAAAAUCAGGAAAUGGACAAUGAUAACAUAACUAUCAUCUAAUCUAUAGACCUUAGUCAGAUUUUGCCAACUGUUCUGAUAAAGCCUUUUAUAACAAAAGAAUAUCCUGGUUCACACACUGUAUUUGCCAAGUCUCUUUCAUCUCCUUUUAUCUGGAACGUUCCUCAGUCUGUCUUUGCUUUUCAUGAUAUCGGCAUUUUUUAAAAGCCCAGGCCAGCCAUUUUGUGGAGUUGAGUUUGAGUUUUAUAUGUUUCUUUAUGAUUAAUUUCAGGUUGACAGAAGCUAUUCAGCCUAAUAAUACCAUCUGCCAGUGGUAUGUUUUUAUAUGUAGGAAACCCAAAGGAAUGAACUGAAACUGUCCUGUAUAUAAAUGACUAGCUAGAAAAUCCUUUAGAAGAGAAGGAAAUCCAUUUCUGAUAGUUAUUUUUGCACAAGAAUAAACUAGUUUCCUUACUAUGUGAGGAGCUCUUAUCAAUUAAUUUUUUAGAAAACAACUCAGUAGAAAAAUGGGCAAAGAAUGUGAACAGUCAGUUCAUAGAAACAUACUCCAAAAACGAUAUCCAACCUCAGUCCUUAAAAAGAAAUGCAAAUUGAAGCAAAAACAUAGUACCAUUUUCUACCCAUUAGUUUGGCAAAGAGAAAAACAGAAAAGUUUGUGAACACUCCAUGUUGGCAGUAUGUGGGGAAACAAGGGAUCCGGUGCAGUACUUGUGGGACUGCCUGUUGGUACAACCACUUGGGAGGGCAAAUGUCUAGAAUCUCUCAAAGUUAAAAGUGCAUAUAUCCUUGACCUUUUAGGAAUUUUUCUACAACCAUAUUUACAUGUGUACGAAAUGAUGUACUAAAUGCAAUGCAGAAUCCUAGGUUGAAUCCUGGAACAAAAAAACACAAGUGGGGAGAUCAAAUAAGUCUCAAGUAUAGUUACUCUAAUAUAGUAUGAUUAAUUUCUUAGUUUUGACAUAUAAGCCAUGGUAAAUAAGAUGAUAACAAUGGAAGAAGCUGGGUGAGGGCUAUUCAGUGACUUUCUGUACUAUCUCUGCAACUUUUCUGUAUUACUAAAAUCAUUCCAAAGUAACAAGUUUACUUUAAAAAAGGAGACAAAGGGCAAAGGUAGGGGAGAGAAUGAGGACAUUCAUUAUCACAUUCUUGAUAAUUUCAAAAAAGUUGGGAACAACUUCUGGCCACCAGCUGGGGACUGUUUAAAUGAUUCCAUCCAUCCACACAGUGGAAUACUAUACAACUAUUAAAAAGGGCAAAGCCAGUCAUCUCAGACAGGCAUUAAUGUAAAAAGCAGGACAGCGAUAAUUUGCAUACAUUUUAAAAAUGCAGGACCAGGAAACUUU